AUGGCUUUUCCAGGAGGCGUGGGCUCCAUGCCAGCCGCCAUGAAUCCCAAUGCAGGCAUGUCCGAGCAGGAGCAGCAAAUGGUGAAAGCAAUGCAAAUGGGUAUGGAGUCUUGCAUCGGCAAGACAGUAAUGGCAGGCGUAAUGGGUGGCGGUCUGGGUGCUAUGUUUGGGCUCUUCAUGGCUUCCAUGCGAUACGAUACCCCGAUGUCACAGCCCCUCCCCGUCAACACGCCGGCUACAAAACCUACAACCGCAGCCACCGGCGCAACGGCAACGGCAGGCGUCAAGCCUUCGACGAUAGCUACCGGUAGCGUCAACUCCGCAUCCGCAGCCACUCUCACCCCAGCACCCUCGGCCUCUGCGACUGCUACCCUUCCAAACCCCACCGCUACCGGUACCGUACCGCUUACCGACCUUCCCCUACGCCAGCAACUACGGGCCGGCCUGCGCGACAUGUACCGAUCCUCAAUUUCUAGCGGACGCAACUUCGCCAAAGUUGGUGCUAUUUUCUCAGGCACCGAGUGCGCAAUCGAGGGGCUCCGAGCCAAGAACGAUCUGUACAACGGAGUGGCGGGGGGCUGCUUGACUGGGGGUAUAUUGGCAAGAAAUGCUGGGCCGCAAGCCGUGGCCGUAGGAUGCGCAGGCUUCGCAGUUUUCAGUGCGGCCAUCGAUGCGUAUAUGCGUAUGCCAGAGGACGAGAGAAGCAAACCUAUCGCGUAA